AUGAUUGUUGUAUCUGGUGUUUUCAACCCGGAAACAUGGUCUGCACCAGAAGAAAUGUAUUGGCUGAGUCACAUGAACCAGGAAGAAUUGAGAGAGAAAUAUGUAAAGCUGAAAGAUGAUUUCUUCACAAUCAAGAAUUUUUCAUGCAGACAAGAAGACAAAAUAAAGAAACUUCAAACAAAGCUAAGAAAAUUAAUAGCUGAUAGAAAGAAAGAUGGUGGUGCUUCAGAGUCAACAGCUUUACGAAUACAAAAACUUGAGCAUCAGGAGAUCAUCGACACUCAACAGCAGUCUAUUAGAGAAUUGAAGUUAAAGAAUGAACAUCUGGAUAAAAAGUUAAAAAUAGCCAGUCUUCAGUUGAGCUCAGCAAAGAAAAAUAAACCGAUGAUGUUCCGGAAUGUUCAGUCAAGAGUUGAUAGUGGACUUAAGCAAACAAAGCUGGUGCAAAGUCCUUACCCAAAACAGCCUCCAAGACCUAAAUCCUCUCCUCCAAAAAUAUCACCAUCUUCUGAAGAAUCAUCAUGUAUCCUGUCACCAGAAUCAGUACAACAGAAUGACCAAAGUCAGAAAGAGUCAGAGAAAAUCCUUGAAGAAGCAAGGGAAAGGAUCCUUCGUUUGGAGACUGAGAGAAAUGACCUGCUAGAACAAAUCACUGACUUGCAGCAGACUGCAGAAGAUUCUGAAUAUGAUUGGCAACAGAAGUUAAAUGCACUUGAAGAAGAAGUUACUACCUUGAGGCAGGAAUUAAAAGAUCGGGGGAUUCGUGAAGAAAGAGAUUCUGUGGCAAUCAUCCGUGCCCAGCGAGAGGCUCAUGCUCUAACAGCUCGUUCCACAGCAUUACAGGAACAAAUAGUUUUAACAGAAGAAAAGAUAGUUGCAGAAAGAUCAAGAUCUAGUUCACUUCAGGCUGAAUUUGAGAAGACAAACAAUAAGCUCACAACCAUAGAACACCAAUCCAAGGAGCAGCUGCAGGAGUUGCAACAUGUAAAAGGGGAAUUACAACAAACAACAGAAAAACUGUCUAUUUUGAAGAAGGAAAAUGAACAGCUACAAAAUGAAAAUGAAAAUUUAACAAAAUUGAGGUUAGAAAGUGACCAACGUGGGAAAACAGCAGAAGUAGAUUCAUUGAAGUUACAAAUUGCUCAUUUGGAGUCAGCACUAGAGAGUGACCUCAGUGAACGAAGUACUUUUCUUGUGCGUAUGACUCAAGACAAAGAAGAAAUGGUGAAGCUGGAAGUGGAAGCUAAGGAACUAAGGACAAAGAACCUUGAUCUUCAGGAACAGCUCCAGAAGAUGCAGCAGAAGUUAGUCUUGUAUGAUAAGGCAGGGCUCUUGAAUUUAAGUGCAAAUGAACUAGCAUCUGUUGUAUCCAAGGAAAGAGAAAGUAGUACAAAUGCUGUCUCGGUUGAGGAAUUUGAAAAACUAAGACAAUCUUAUAGUGAAUUACAGUUAUUGUAUCGAGAAAAAACUUUAGAACUGGAAAGAACUUCUCAAGCUCUUGGCCGCCAUGCUACGACUUAUAAAAGUCUGCGGGAUGAAAUUGAUAAAGUGAAUCAGGAAUCAGAUCAGAAAAGCCAGAGUCUGACUUCUACCAUAAAGAGCCUUAAGGAGAUGAUAAAAAAACGUGAGGAACAUAGUGACAAGUUGGAACAGCGAAUAUUAAUGCUCACUGAUAAGAAUAUCAAGGAUAAACUGGAAAGUCUUUCUCAAGAUGUGACUCAGAAUGUGAAGCUAAGCAAACAUGACAACAUGCUAGAGUUCCACAUAGAAAGUGUAACUUUUGAAAUGGAUCAUUUUAGCCAGCUGAAAUCAUUUGUUUCUUGGACAGUUCCUUUUUCCUUGGAAGACCCAUUGCAGCACACUAAUGUUGCCAUAGGAAAAUUUGCCCAUUUCAAUUAUUCCUCACUUUACAAGUUCCACAUGAACUACAGGAAUCUUGAGUCUUUAAGAGAUGAUAUUGUCACAGCAAGUGUAUACAUUCUCUUAGAAUCUGGUCACCCUGCAAAAGUUGGCGAAUGUCAGUUAACGUUUUGUGAAGUGCUCGAGCACCCACGCAACACACUUCAUGGUACAGUGCCAGUAACAGCUUGUCAUGAUGAUGCAGAUGAGUUGAAGCAUUUGUUACCAGAUCUGGAAAUGAAGAUAGGCAAGGCUAUUGGAACUCUGAGCUACUGGUUCCGGCUGCAGCGCCCUUGUGAAAAAAUCAUCUUUCAGCAUUUACAAAAUGUUGGAGUUUUGUCAUCUCAGCAUAGUGAAUAUCAAGCUUCCCCAAACUGUAAGUUGUUCCGAUACGCCUCCAAUAUGAUAAAAUCUGAAAAUCCUGUUGACAUGAAAAAAAAGGAAAAACUGAAUGUCAAACAUGGUUCUUCUUUAGCUCCUGAGGGGAAUGUAAGAAAAUCUGUGGCAGCAAAGGUAGUUCAGACAGAUUUGGAUCCAGAUCCAGAAGCAAAUCCUCCAGACAAUGGAUAUUUUAUGGACAGAGAGGAGUCUAAAUCAUUUAAGCAGAAAAGGUCUGUAUCUAAUAAUAAGCCAAAGAAAUCUUCCCAUGUUCAGCGGAAGAUGGCAACUUCUCAAAAAGUAACUGAAUUGGAAGUUACUAAGGAGGAGAGUUUAGAAAAGAAUCCUUCAAGAACAAGCUCUCCCUCAUCAACUGGAACAUAUGAUGUUGAAAGUCCAUCCCACAAGCUCGUAGAAGUAAACUCCCCAUCUUCAACUGGAACAUAUAACAUUGAAAAAAAUACUGGAAGACCUGUAGAUGAGACUGAUGAUCCAGUGCAUGAAAAAGUGGUCCUUACAUCACCAGAACUUAAAAGUCCUUCAGAAGAUUCGGAUGUUAAUCAGGAGGAUGAAGCAAAGAGUAGCAGGAAGGAUUCUGGGCCUGAGGUAGCUAAAGUACCUCCACAAAAGCCUUCCAGAACCUUUAGUCAUGAUGAGGAGCAUCCAUUCCCAGGAACCUCUGAAAGUUUUAAUAGAAAAAGUGGAAAGCAGAUGUCUGAAGAAGAAGCAUGUGUGACCAAAGAAAGUUCAAAUGUAGAAUCAGAAGAGAAUGACACAAUGUUUGAAGAAUCAGCUUCAUCUUCAGAUUCCAGUGAAGAAUCACUACAUAACGAAGUUCCUGGAAAAGGGGAAAUUAAUAGCAGAAGUGAUUUCAGAGAGGAUUAUCCUGAUACAGAAGAAAGAAAUCCCCAGAAGAUAAAGAAUAGACGAACUGAUCUAUUACGCCCGGAGAGCAGGAGUGGGUUCCGUGCACCUAGUCGGAAAAACAAUGUUCCCUUCUCGCCAUCUCAAUCAAGCAUUGCCAGUGACUCAGAAGGAGUUGUAACUGUCCUUUCAACGAACCCAAAGGCAAAGAAUUCAAUUAUUUACAUUGAAGUUUGCAGUCUGACUAUUUUUACCGGAUCAUCAGUCAUGCAAGACCCUUUAGUAGAGUUCCUGUUUGUUGAUUACCAUGGAUUUCUGAUAUGCAUACGUGAAUCUCCAUGACCUCCUAGAAAAGGGACAGGAUCUUCAAGAGGAGGAGUUAGUGGUAGAGAAUGCAGAAGAUGGCAGUGAAAUGGGAAUUUUAAGAGUCACUGUGAAUAUUCUUCAUGUUCUUAAGCAGUUAGAAUAUUAAUGACAUUUUGUAAUUCCCAUUUUUCUGAACUGCCACAAUAUCGCAGUGCUUAUUUUGUUGUUAAAUUCUCUCUAGUUUUCAACUAGGUCAUAGUCAUGGGUAGUGGUUCUGGUAAGUUGUAGAGAGCAAGUAAUUCUUCCAUAAAGAUCAUGCCUAUUUGCAGCAACAUAUCAAUAGUAUAUUAUGAUUUAGAGGAUAUUUAUUUUUCAUUUUGUCUAUACGUACUAUACUAUCUAUUUGGCUUUUCUCUUGGCACUUAUUUUUAUAUAAUAUGUAAUCAGAUUAUGUGCUUUUGGCUUCUAUUCUGCGAUUGCAUACUGUUGUGAGAGGUAAGAAAUGUUACUCAGUACAAAGUAGUCGCAGUAUUUUAUGAGUUCAUUUUGUAAAGAUAUAGAUUUUUAUAUAUAAUUUAGACAUACUCUGUUAUUUUCUUCAGUUGAAGUUAUACAUGGUGCUAUAGAAGGAUGGAUAGCUCUAUACAUAUAUGGGGUUGUCAGAUUAUAAUUGUUUUGAUAGGGUUUGUAUAUAUGAAUUAGAUUUUUAUAGCUUUUUAUUACAUAAAUAACAAAGGAUCUCAUAAUUUUUUGGCUUUUACAGAGAAACACAAUUUUGCACAAGUUGAUAUAGUAACAGAACUUUCAUAAGUCCGUCCAAACACAAACUUCUCUAGUCAUAAGUUGUAGGUUUACUGGAAUCUAUUGUUAUCUAGUCUGAAACAGAAGGCACAUGCACAUAUCUAGAUGAUCUAAUGUUAAACAUAAUGCCACCUCAGCUUGACAUAGUUUGUGGGUCUGGCUUCCCAAGAAGUAAUCAAGUUCACUAACAAACCUGGUGGACCUAUGUAUAGCCUAAUUGUUUUUUCCUCUUUUAAUGUAUUAUUUCAUUGUAAGAUCUGAUAAAUUACCAAAUUUAUAUAUAAACAUUAUUAUUUCAUUUGAUUACAUAUAUUGUUUUUAUGGGAAUACAAGCCGAGUGCUUUCAAGUAAAGAAUAUCUUUCAUGCGAAUGAACAUAGUUCAAGAUUAGCUGUAUGGUGACACUACUGAGAGAGUGGGGGUUUCCAGUAAAUGCCCAGCAUGCAGUGUGUCACUUUAUCUUUUGACCGAGUUGUGUGAAGUGCUACCGUUCUUACCUAUCCUUUGGGUGACUGUAGCCAAGCUUAUAUUCCUGGAUUUUCUUUAUUUUUGCAAAUUUCUUUUUUGUUUUGUUUUACUUGUCGUCUGUUGCUGUGUUUUCCUCUAUGGAGAAUAAAGAGAAACGAUGUGGUUGUGAAGGUCUAGGGCAACUUUGUGGCUGCUCAUGUCUCCUACAUCUGUAAACUCACAUAAGUUUAAUUCUCAUUACCAAGGUAAGAUCCGAGGCCAUUCUUCUCCCAUGUGAGGAAUGUGCGGAUUGGGCUUCUCCUUAGUGGGAAAGGUUUAGCAAGAGGGGGGACAAGAUUUAGUCACCUUCACCAUUGGGGAGUUUUACUUCACCAGUGAAGUCAGAGAAUUCUGUGGGGUCCUUCUUCACCAUCAUCUAUUCCCUUAGCACUGGGUAAUCAGUGCUCAGUCUGUCAUCUGUCUGAAUACCAGUUUUAGCAGAGAUAAUAGCACAAGGAAUAUUUUAUAUUCAUCCCAUCAUUCUCCCCUGCAGGAAGUCUGCCUGCUGCUGCCAAAGAAUAUCUGCAUGAGGGGUUCUAAUACUGCUAAUAAUGGAAAAUCCAUUUCUUUGACUUGAGAAAGGUCUUCGUUUCAGAACCUUUGCUGACUGAGCUAGAACAUGAUUUUCAGGAGGUUAAUGCAUUCUUUUGGGAGCACAAUAAUCUUGGAAGGGAGACCUUGGCAGCUUGCCAGCCUAUGGUUCCUCUACAGUCAGCAUCCAUCUCGGUAAAACUUGGUCACAUUUGGUGUGUGAUGUUUUGGAGAACAACUUGGUUUGGAGACUUGGUAGUUGUCUUGCCUCUGGCAAAUCAUGCAAACUCCUUGCCAGCUGCUAUCAAGACAGAAGAGAUAGUGCAUUUCAGAGGGUACAGUCUGUUAAUUCCUCACUUUGCACGCCUAUUGCUUUCCUAGAAGCUCCAUUCUUGCCAGCACCAUCAUAUGGCCAAUCUUGUAAUUUUAACCAUUCAGCAACACAUAAAACACGUUCUCCACAGAAAAGGUUUUGGUUUGUAUACCUAGGAAGAAUACAAAUUACAGUACUUAAAAAAUAUAUUUGGUUUGUUACAUAAGCAAUCUUAUGUCAGGCUGUCUGUUGUAUAGUCCUCACAAUGUUUAGUUUAUUUAGUUUUGAUAUUGUUAUAAAUAUUGUAAUAAUAGUGUGUUAUGUAUAUACACAAGGUUUCAGUUAAUGAUAUACAAUUGCCCAAGCUCAAGUAUAUUACAUUUCUGAUGUUGUAAGGAUUUUCAUACCAAAGUAAAUAACCAAAGCCUUGCCAUUGCCAUUUAUAUACUUUCAGCAUGAGGUGGAAACUGGUAGAAAAUGUGUUAAUAAGGUAGUUAACAGGUGGUGAUGGGAGUGAGUUUGGGGAGGGGGGUCAUCCCUCUGACCACCACCUUCACAUUUCUUUUAGCCAUGAUCAGAACUAGAAGUGUUUCUGAACUCCUGUUUGCCUGGGUUGAAAGCUUGGAGGAUGAGUAUGUAUAACUCAUUUCUUGCCUUUUUGUAUCUGGUUUUUACCAGCAAUGGAUAAAAAACACAAAAUACAAUAUUGCAAAGGAUGUGAUCAUCAUUGUGGGUAGUAUAUGUCGCCCAAGGUAACAAACCCCCAUUUUGUUUUUGUUGCCUGCAAGGGGGAGGGCUUGUUCUAAGGCUUACCCUUGCAAGGAGUAUAUUAACAGAGACUCUCCUCAGUAGAUUAGGUUUGUAAAAAGGAUGAACAACGGCAUGAUGUGUUCACCAACUUUUUUUGGGGGGGGGUUGGGGGAAGAGAAUACUCUCAGUAGCACACCCAAAUCCUUCUAGUUCCUUCUCACCAACUUUUUCCAUCCCCGUAAGUGCUACUCCUUUGAGGAGUAAUAGAAAGGGGCCUAAACCUGAUCUUGACCUCUUGUCUUGAUGAUGUUGCAGUUUCUGAUGGAGAUGCUCCAUGAGCAGCCAUGUCGCCUGCAGAUGAAUCCAAUUAUGAGACUAAUGCUCCUGGUGCCCACAGGAGAAGGAUGUCCUUGGAAUACCAGAUGACAAUGUACCCUACCCUGAACAUCGCAGAUGCCUUCCUAAAUAACUAGACUGAAGAGAGGAUGGCUUUAACAUUGAAGCCCUUUGGAGAUGUCCAGGAUGUGCCUACUGCUGUUUCAGCUUUAUUUAACACUCAAUCGUGAUUGAGCAGAGUGAGCAAGAUAACCUUGUCCUGGUGUAAGCCAGAGUACUCACAGUGGGAAGAGAUAGGAGCAGACCUUGAGUUUAAGUGAGCCAGUGUUGCAGCAUCAGUUCUGCUUGAGGUAGGCCAAUUACUACUUGGUGACCACUUGAGCAAGGCCCAACUCCUCUACUGCUGGAGCAGGGAAGAAUCCGGGGUCAGGGACAAGAAAGAAGAGUCCCACUCUGAUGGUGACGAGGAAAAGUACCACCAUUGCUUCUUCCCUUUUCUCCUGUUUGUCACACUUGGAGGCAACUAUGGCUUCUUAACAGUUGACUGUCUUGUUGACAGAGAUGAUCUUUAUGUUCCAUUCAUGAAGUUAGGCCCUUUGCCUAGUUGUUGUGAUCAUAGCUUGCAUAUGGUGGUUUGGAGGUGGAGAAUGCUUAGAUCUACAGGUUUGGAAGUUCCCUUGCUUCCAGCAGAUUUUGGUAAGCUCCUUCCCUCACUGUUUUCAUAUGAGGGGGCUACUGCAUACCAGAGGAGACAUGCUUCUACAUUGGCACUCAUCAGAGAGGGCAACUUCAUGCUUCUGGUAGUUUUGAAGAAUGUGUACUUUCAAGUAACCCUUUCAUCAGAGCUCUCAAAAGUACCUAUGCUUCAUCUACACCAGUACAAGGCGUUGUUUCAGACUGGCCAGGUGUUUACCUGGGUAUUCACAUUGGAACCUACUCAAAGGGUAUUUACUUAUUGCAACACCUGGACCAUUUCCUGGUCCUGGCGUCUUCAGAGGUACGACGUUUACAAGACAGAGAUUAUCUUCUGCAGUUUUUUCACAAGUUUGGGGUUGUGAUAAACAGGGAGAAGUGGGAUCUCAUGACUAAGCAGCAGGCUUGCUUAUAAGAGGCAUGCUUAUAGACUUGGCAGCAGAGAAAGCCUACCCCACAGACUCUCGUGUGAGCAAGCUCAGGAGGCAACAACACAGUUCCUGUCCUGGCAGGAAAAACCAGUUCAGCUUUGGUAGGUGGUCCUAAGAGAAGCUUCUGAUUCAUGGGCUGUGCCACAUCCACUGGCUUCAGUGGCUUUAGCAAUGCUGAAGUGCCUCUCAGGAUUCUUCUUCCUGACUUGUUCCCCUAAUUCUGGAGGUAUUGCAAGACUUAGCAUGAUGAACGGAUGACAAAAACCAUUUAAAAGGGGUUCUGAAAAUUCUCCACCUCUGGAAAUGCUUCUUGUUUUCCCUAGGGAAGAGUGAGGUGCACACUUGAAAGGAAGGUUUGUUUCAUGUGUGUGGCUGAAGGAUGCGCCUCAACGCAACUAUUAUGGCACACAUCAACAAACAGGGAUGGUGUCUCCUGCUAUUUGUCAGUUGGUGGUGCUGCCUGAAUGGGAAGUGUCUCAAGGUCAAGUUGUAUGCAAGAUACAUUCCAGGCAGGCAAAGCAUGAUUGCAAACAAAUGCAGUUGUCAGGGUAAGGUGGUGAGGACAGACUGGUCCCUACACACUCAGGUAGUGGAGUUUUUCAAGUUAUGGGAGACCCAUAACUUGCAACCAGGUUGAGCAAAAGACUUCCAGUCUUCUGUCCUCAGUUUCUGUACUUUUGGGUGGUGAUGGAAGAUGCAAAAAUUUUUUGGCAACCCUGGACAUUUAUGCAUUUCCACUUUUCUUUAAAUUUCUCCUUAGGUUAAGAAAUCAAAUAUUUGUCACCCUUGGUCAUCUAAUCACUCUGCUAACUCCUUGUUGGCCACAUGCCGAGUAGUAUCCUAAGCUGUCUCUUCUAAUUGAAGUGCUGAGUGAGUUGCUGCUGUGGUCCAACCUAAUGUUCCAGCCACACAUUAGCCAGGACCACCAGGGAGUACACUUCCUGCACCUUCAUACCUGGAGGGUAUUCAGUGUUAACUGGGAGAAAGAUGUUUUCUCGCAUGGCCGCAAAGAUGUUUGUGUACCUUAGGUAUUCGCCAGCAAAUGCGUAUCAAGCAGUUUUCUGGGCUUUAAGUGGGUAGAUGUAAAGCACCAACCCAACAUCAGUGUGAUCCUCUCAAAAGAGUAGGUGCCAGGACUCCACCACUUUAGUACUUCUUCACACUUAACUUUUGGGGGAACCAAUACCAGUAAACAGCAGAACAAGAAUGGAGGAAGGAACCAAAAAGAUUCGGUGGUGUCACUGGGGUGUGUUCCUUCCCCCUCAAGAGGCCAGCAAAUGCUUCUUGGCCUUCAUCCUCCUCCUACCAAAUUUCUCCCACUGAGGAGAAACCCAACCAACACCCUAGGAGUCAAUCACUGCAGAAUACUUGUUGCUCCCAACAGUAUUUUUCAUGUUUUUCUCCACUCCACUGCAAAGUAAAAACACUGUUAGCCAAAUCAACAAUUAAGGAAAGGAAUCUAGCUAGUAAUCAACAUUCAAUGACUGAGGAAAGAGUGUGUGCAGUAAAAUGUUCACUAUUCAUGUCAAGUGAAUGAAGAGUAUUUCCUCCCUUUCACCUCCCAUAACCACCUGUUAACAGCCUUGUUACCAUUUUCAAUUACUGCUCGAACUUGCACUAAGGAUACUCCUACAUAAAUGAUGAUGGUUUGUAUCUGUUCUAACAAAUUAGUAACAUUCAAUCAAGAUUGACAUACUGUACUUAACACAAAAUUAUAAUUAAUUCUGAACUAAAGAUUUCAAACCACCAUGUCUAUAAUUUACUAUUAUAAAGUAAUAUCUGUAUAGCACACAGUCAUAAUUUCUUGAUUCUCUUUGAGCUAGCCUGAAAAUUACUUUAAAAGGGAGUUUGGGAGGCAGAAUUAGAACAGCGAAGUGUUGAAACCACUGGUCAGCAUGCUAGGAAAAGAAAAAUGGGGAUAGAAGAUAACCAUUAAUAAAAAAGUAAAGGGCCUUCAGUACUGUACUACAGGUACAGUGUAUAUUUUACCUCCAUUUAAAGAGAGAACUUGAAAACUAUGUGUUCCAGCUAGACAGAUGACUGUUUAUAGCUCUUUGCAUCUUUAACAACUUUUAACUGGGAAUUAUUCUUAGGCAAACAGCAUAAAAUUUUAUUUUAUAAAGGCUAUUCACCUAACAUCAAAUCCUGUAAUUUUAUAUUCAAUGUGAAAAUGUUUUACUACAUUUCAAACAAAAAUAAAAAUAAUGUAAGA